AUGAUCAGUAAUUUCUCUAAUCCUUGGGAACAAGUGAAUGAGAACACAUGGCAAAAUGACAUCCAUGUGUCCAUCCUGGUUACCAACUGUACAGUGUUGCUUGUAACCUUUUUUGUGGGAAUCCCAGCCAACCUUUUUGUCACGUAUGCUGUAUACCAUCAGAAAUCCCUCCAGACCUCCACCAAUGCUCUCUUGGUUAAUCUCGCAGUCAUCGACCUGCUGCGAUGUGCUACAGACUGUCCGUUACUCCUGGUUGUCGUCUUGAACGAAAACAACAAAAGAGACCUUGGGGAUCUUUUCUGUGAUGGCCAGGUGAUGUCAUUUUCCCUCAGCUGCUGUGUCCAGUUGUUCACUCUGGCAAGCAUUAGCGCUGAAAGACACCAGGCCAUUGCUAAUCCAUUUAAGACCGCUGAGCGGCGAAAACGGGUUAAGGUGUGGAUCCCGCUCACCUGGGCCGUGGCCAUUGUGGUGUCAGCUUUGUGCGUCAUGUUUACAAAAGACUCCAUUGUUUAUGUGCGAUGUAGAGCUUUGCAUUGGGAUAUUUUAAAGACAUAUGGCUCCUUUGGACGUUAUGUCUUGUUGCCUGUCUGGUCCCUGUGCUUGGCUCUUAUAGUUGGCUUCUAUUCCCACAUAUUUUUCCUGGUCAAAGCGCACAACAGAAAGAUUUUUGACAAGGGCAUUUCAGCCCCAACUUACAAAAAAGUUCCUGAAGUUGUAGAAUCAAAGAUUGCAUUUGUGAUGGAACCAGUGGCGCUGAAAGAAAUUUAUAAUACUCAAUUCAUUCAAGAGAGAAAUGAGCCGUCAUAUAGUACAAAGUCAUGUAAUGGAGAUCCUAAAGACCAAAAUCAGACUCUUUCUAUGGACCCCAAAACCUCGGAUGUCAAGAAAGAAGAGACUCUCAAAUAUCCCAACCAGCAAAGUGUAAUACUUGUUUCUGAACUGCACCACGACACAAAUGAACUGAUAGAUCUGGAAAACAAUGGUGAGAAUUCAGGUGAUCUUCUUAAAGAUGUUGAGAAACCAAAAUCUGAGCAAGUUCCUCCAGCAGCAACCAACCAGCAAAUUGUUUCUGAACCGCACAACCCUUCGACUGAACUGACAAAUCCAAAGAAUGGUGAGGAUAACCCAGGUGAUCCUCCAAAGGAUGACAAGAACCCAAACUCACAGCAGGUUCCUCCAGGAGCAGAUGAUGCUCAGACUGUUUCAGCAGGCCAAACCAUAGAGGUGAUGGGAGAAGUGUGCAUGAUGCCAUCCUUCACCAAUAAAGAAAGGAGCAGCAAGAAGAAAGAGAGCAAGCUGGCCAAGCGCUCUGGUUACAUCAUUCUUACUUUCCUAGUCUUCUGGAUGCCGUUGAUUGGGACAGUGGUCCGGAACACAUUUCUGAACAAAAACCAGAUUUGGGAAGCGAUGCAGGAGUUUGAAGUUCUUGUGGUCUCCAUUUCCUGCAUGACAUCCCUCACCAACCCGAUCAUUUAUGCAGUGGUGAAUCCUCAGUUCCGCACCGAAUUCCACAGCCUGAAGGCGAGAUGUAAAGCACUAUGCACGAAUUGAAAUAAAAAAAUUUUAAGACUUUUAACUCUUCAUUGUUGACCAACUAUGUCAAAACUGC